AUGAAGAGUUGUAUAAUUGAUGCCAAUGGCCUGCUUUUGGAUAUUACUGAGACUCGUGAAUCAAUGAUCACAAUAACGGUGAAGAAGCAUCUCUCUAAGAAACUCAGGCCCGUCUUCGCCAUGCUUCACAGACUGGAAGGUGUUAUGGAAUCAAGCUCUAUUCCAAAACAAGGGGGACAAGGUGUGACCCAAUCCAAGAAGGAAGACCCCAAACCUUCAUUCAAGCCCACUGUCAAGUGCGAAACUGCGCCUAAAGGCAAAGAAAAGAUUUUCAAUGAAGAAUCGAUAAUCGAUAAUAGUGAAGAAAAAGAGCCUGAUAAAAAUGAACUGAAAAGAAGAAAGGAACGUGAAGCUCAGAUGGAUGAGCAUCAAAUAAUAAUUAGAGAGGCUGAAGCAAAGGAAAAAGUUGAACGCGAAGCUCAGGUCAUGCUGGAAAGCCGAAAGCUCUUAUUUCCAGUGUGGACUCUGAAGAGAAUUCAAAAUGAAGCUGUGGAUAUGACAAGUCAAUAUUGGCUGGAACCGGUUGUGUCAUUCAAUCUUUAG